AUGUUAUGGAGAGUAAUUUGUCUUCUAGCGGCCGACUUCAGUCCGGAGGCGGGGAGACUGCGCAAAAUUAGUGCGGUAUUUUUGAUGCUUUGGAUCUUGGAUUUAGUUAUGAGCAUUUACUUUGACUGCCUGAUCCUUAAAGUGAAUGGCCUUGUUGUGCUUAAUAUAUCGGUGGCCCUUGUGGCGGCUGCACUUUCAUGCCAAUACGACCAUGAUUGUGCGGUUUUUCCAUACAGCAAGGGAAAGAACGGCCUGUCAGCGGCUCCCUCCGAUAAUAACUCGGCGAAAAGGGAGCGGAAUUGGCUUCAAAAUGACACGAAAGUAACUAGCGUCUUCUCCUUCGGUCUCAAAAGACUUUUUGUGCUUAUUUCCUUUGGGUCUUCUGUUUUUGUCAUGUUUGGCUGCCUUACAGUGAUUGGGGAGGGUCUUCAACACGCCUUUCAUUCAUCCGAUAUGCCUUAUUCCCUGCUUUUUUUCAUUGGUUUUUGUCAUAUUGUUUUGUUUACAGCGUACGCGGAGGAAAUUAAUGCGUACGAUUGCAUUAGCGGUCGGGGGUUUGAGAAUCGUGAUGUGCAUAACCUAUCCAAUGGAAAAAUGACUCAUUUACCCCAUCACCUGCAGGAGCCUGUGAACGAUUCUGUAAGCAUUUUGCCCUUUGGUAGCGUUAUUUUGCGUGCUACCAGUUGUGCAUAUGCUCCAUUGACAUGCAUUGCGGUGUCCCUUAUGACUAUGCUUAGGAGGACCUUUCUGUGGGAGAUGGCUGGAGCGCUGCUGUUGGCAAGUUACACUUUUGUGAUUGCUACCAGGAAGGUAAAGGAUAUGGCUUGGCUGCUAACAAACAAUUCUGUUUGUCAUCCGUCUUUUGUUGCAGCCCGUGAUCGUGCUAUCCGCAGUGUGAAGCUGGUUGAGGGUGUGCUUCAGGUAAAGUUUUCUGUUUUUUGGGAGGUGAAGAAGGACGAGAUUAUGGCAAUUAUGUGUUUACGCAUAAUGUCGUCUGCCGAUCCUUCUGCUGUGACUGUGGCGGUAAGGAAAAUACUUGAGGGGGUUGCAACGUAUGUCUUUGUUGAGGCUCGAUUCCCAAACGACGAGGACGACGAUACAAAUAUUUUAAAAGUGGAUCACUUGUCCCAUCACCAUUCUCAUGGCCACGGAUGUUGUGAUCAUAGCAAUCAUUUUCACGACUCCGCCGGAGAAAGAAAUGAAGAGAGGGAACGAGAAGGACACGAACGGGGUACAGAGAAAAGAAGGGAACAUGACCAUUUUUUUCCGGCUUUAGGGUCUGCUUCUUCAUCUUCCAUUUAUUUUUCAUCUCUUUCGCAGCCACCGGCUGCAUCCGUGGUUGAGUUGGCUGAGCGCCAGGCGAGGCGAGGACCGUCCUUUAGUUCCGCAAAUUACUCUGUCUCUACACCAUUGCAGUCUCUGACGCUUGUCCCUCCACCGUUUCCCAGGCCACGUUCAUGA